CCAACCACAGGGAAUUUAGCGUCACUAUCUGUUGAAGUCUAUCCAAGCUUCCGCUGUGUUAGACUUUGAAUGUGUUUAAACAAUCUACUUAUUUUUCGUCUUAAACAAAAGGUGCUGUUUUGCGAAUGAAGUAUAUUGUCAAGUACUGACUAGUAUAUUCUGAUUUUUUAUAUGAGGAAAGCAAUGAGAACUCGCUCAAGUUCACCUCCAAUUCAUGUGCACAUCAACGACACCACACCGGUCCAUGUGCAUGUGAAGAGCCAGAGGAUGAGUCCUGCCAGGACUCCUCAGGGGAAGGCCAAGGUUGACAAAGGAAAUCUCCGUCCUACAGCCAAGGUCAAAACUCGAGUGCCAUGGAUACCUCCAGGAAAGGCUUCCACUCGGGACGCUUCAUUCAAAUGGGAGGGGCCAACACACCGCCUUGAGAUCACACCACCGCUCCCUGAACCAGAACCUGAACAUUCCCAGUCUGUGCUGCGAUUGGCUGACCUCACAUCAGAAGAAGAGGAAGGCCUGCAUGGACGAAUCAGUCAGUAUGAGAGGAAGAUUGAUAGCUUACUGACUGAAGUCAGCUCUCUGAAGAAUGAGGUGGAACUGCGGAAGAAGGAACACCUGCUGGAGCGCCAGUCAGAGCAGCUGAACGCAUCCCAGCGGGUGAUUGCCGAGCAGGAGGAAGAGCUGGCUGAGGUGACCAAGGAACUGGAAGAGACUGAGAGGGAGAACACUCGACUACGGCAAUCCAUGGAGAAGAUGCUGGAGGAGACCGACCACGACAGAUUAGACGGGGACAGUAUGCAAGACAAAGAUGCUCUUCUCAGGAAGCUGAUGGAGGCUGAGGCAGAUGGGACAGCAGCUGCCAAGCAAGUCUCAGCCCUGCGGGAAUCUGUUUCCAAACUGUGUGGUGGCAGAAGGCUGUCUGGCUCUGAGUCUUUGGUCUUGGCCCGUGAAAAGGAGCUGUUGCUGCAGAAACUGGAAACAUUCGAGACCACAAAUCGAGCUCUGCGGCACCUUCUCAGAGAGCAGCACAGUUCCCAGAUGGAGUCAACCCGACUGUCAGAGCAGAAGGACACAUUACUCAAGAGACUGGCUGACAUGGAGGCAGAAAAUGCUCAUCUUGUGUUGAAACUUCAAGAGAAAGACAGAGAGGUUCAUGAACUCUUCAAAAUUUUGGAUACUGAAAAGGACAAUGCCAAGAGCACAGCUGAUUUAUCCAAGAGUCUUGAGUCAACACGGGCUCAUUUACAAGGACAGCUCCGCAGCAAAGAAGCUGAGAACAACCGGCUUACUGUGCAAAUAAAGAACCUGGAGCGAGCUGCCAACCAGCAGAAAGCAGAGAUGAAGCAUCUGACAGAGCAGCUGGCGAGGCUGAAGCAGCAGACCAGUGCUGACAGAGAAGCUCUGAAACGAGCCACCCGAGCCCAGAAACAACGAGCUGAGCGCAGUGAAGACACUGCUGGCCAGCUGAGCGUCCAGCUGCUUGAGAUGGAGAAGCAGAUGGCAGAUGCAGUGUCAGCAGCUGAGAGCUGGCAGAGUCGCCAUGCCCAGGAAGUGAAAGACAAGAGUUCGCUGGAGAUUGAAGUGUCGCUGUUGAACAGUCGUAUAGCAGAGCUGACGGAACAGCUGCACAGUUCAGAGGAUAAAGGCCAAGCGGACAGACAAGGCCUGCUGGAUCACCUGCACCAACUGAGCACAGAGAGCACUGCUGCUAAACUGGAAAACCAGUCCCUCAAGGCUACAGCGUCUGCAGUGGAGGAGAAGCUGGCCUUGUCUCAGUCAGAGCUGCAGCAGGUCAAAGCCUCCAUCAAGCAAUAUGAAAGUCUGCUGGACAGCUAUAAGAUCCAGGUUGGAAAAACCCGGGCUGAGGCAGAUGAGUACUGCGCUCGACUGGCUCAGGCUGAGCGGGAGGCCCAGGCAGCACGGGGAGAGGUGGAGCAGGAGAUAGAGGAGGUGCGCAGGGAGCUGCUGGGACGGCUGGCAGAGCUGGAGCCUCUGCCCGAAGCCUUACGACGCUCUGAACUCCAACUGCAGGAGGCGCAGGACAGGGAGCGCAGUCAGGAGAAACGCAGCAUGGAGCUCGGCACAACCCUGACCGAUCUCCGCAUGAAGGUGGAGACUCAGGGCAGCCAAAUGGAGCUUUUGAGACAGAAGAACAAAGUGCUGCUAGAGGAGAACAAACAGCUUCAGCAGAGAGUGGAGAGUUUGGAAAGAAAGCUGGAGGAGGCUGUCAGUCAGAACAGUGACCUGCUGGCAGUCACUGCCAAAAGGGAAGACACCAUUCACAGCAAUCAGGUCCGCCUGGACGAAAAAACAAGGGAAUGUUCCCUGCUCAGCCGGAAGCUGGAGGAGGCCUUGGAUGAUGCUCGCCAACAGUUGUCUGAGACCAGAGAGCGUGCUGCCACCAAAGAACGUUCCACCCAGUCCAAAAUAUUGGACCUAGAAACUCAACUUAGCAGGACUACCUCAGAAAUUAACCAGCUGCGACGCAGCAAAGAGGAGGUGGAGCGACGGUACAGAGGCCGACUGCAGGAUGUGAAAGAUCGCCUGGAGCAGUCAGACAGCACCAACCGAAGUCUGCAGAACUAUGUGCAGUUCCUCAAAGCCUCCUAUGCCAAUGUGUUUGGAGACUUGGCCCUCAGUAGCUCACUGCGUGCCCCCUCACCCAUCUAACUGACGGAGCUGUAUCAUACACACAUUCCAAAACAAUGCUAUGGGUCGUGCCUGUUACUUUCACAAUUGCUAACAAAAGAUGGUGGCUGUAAGUGUGACAGUCUUGGUCAGUCACCUGGCUAUUUGUUUCAAACCACACUUUGAACGGGUUGGGUGAAGAGCUGCUAGUGGGGCUUUUAGAAUGUAAGAUUUCUGUAAAGACUUACUUAGAACUGAAUUGGUUGACAACCAAAUUCAUGUCAAUGGAUUAAAAAACUCAAGCCUAAAAAGAUAUGCCAUGGAUUUAACCUAGAGACACUAAGAAUUGGGAAAAGAACCAAAUUAACUUGAAAGAGUCUUUAUUUACAUGUAAACUGAACUCAUUUAAAUUAAAGAGACAUGGCAUUUAUUGAAGGUCCUUUAACCCACGAAAUGUAUUAUGAGUUUAGAGGAGACAAGGGCUUCAAAGGAUGCGCAAUGCAGAAUGUUAAAUUUAGAACCUUAAAUUUAGAAACUGUAUCAAAUGUACAUAUGGGCAUUGUUGUGUACAAACUAAUUUGGUCACUUCACUACCAGUGUGACCGGAUACUAGGGUUGUAACUGGACGCAAAAAUCAUGGUUGGGUAUGCGCCUCGGUGUUAAAGUCUCAGUUUUGUAUGUUUUCGGUAAAGCAGGAGAGAAUGUUCAUACUACUUUUUUUAAUAGGAGGUUGCAGCAAUAAAAAGCAGCUGCAACCCACUGAUACAAAAGUAAGAUAUCUUAAUAUUAUAUAAAAAUAAAUAUUCUGUGGGUUUGUACUCCACUCUGUUUUUUUCCUUAUGACAUAUUUGUGCUAUUCCAUUUCAAAUGUGUUAGCAAUUUCUGCAGGUUCUGGAGGAUGCUGUGAACAGCUGUGAUCAGAGCCAGUAAUGCAAUACAGGCAUAAGUGGUUUUACAAAAUGACAGCACUCUGAAAAUGUUGUUUGCCCUGAUGACAAGCUAAUUUGAUGGUUCCCAUAAACUGCACUAAGUGCCUGUAACCUGCAGCUCUUUAUCUAACCAUCUUGCUCUUGCUGCUGCUUUUACCAUUCCCAUCCUACCAUCCCACUGCAGCAUCUGCGCUGCACUGUGUUGCUUUGCAGACCGAAUUUGAUCAAACAAUAGCAGCCAUGCACUGAUGUUGCUGAAGACCACAAAUGGAACCUUAUAGUGUUUACUCAUUGAACAGUGGCUAAGGUUUGAAAUGUCUUGAAGACACUUUGAACUUGUUGGUUUUAUUUCCUGUAUUUUCUGUGAUUUAAUUUGAAUUUGUCAUCAACAUAGAAUAUUCAUCAUUUCUAUCACCAGUCUUAUUAGUUUUGAUGGCUGCUUGUGGCUUUUCAUGUUGAAUAUUGUCUUCAGAAAUGUAUGACUGGUAAUUGAAGUCACUUUCUCUCUUUUUUUCAUGCCAAAAACUGAAUCUAAAUUGUUGUUUUUUUUUGUUUUUUUUAAAUCAAGCUUACAUAUUUAUCUUUUAUCCUGAACCUCAGCCAGUCAUGGCUAAAGUUUAUACCAGAACCAGACUACAUGCUCUGUCUGCAUUUAACUGAAGCCAAGCUACCAUAACACAUUAUGCACUAUGUGUCUAUGGUCUUUGACUGUGAGGAGCUGAAAACACUGUCCUUUGGCUGCUACGAGACAGUGUGUGUCAAGCUGUUAUUUUGAAUUUACAGUUUCUCAAAUGAUAUUAGGAGAAUAGAGAGUUGUUGAUUGUGGAUUUUUAUGACUAUUUUAAAUUAAUUAAAUUUCAAUCAAAAAAAAUAUGCUGAAGUGAUCACGCCUGUGGUUUACUGCCUCUGUAAAACCUCAUCGCAACAGUGUUUCUCUGUCAUGUUCUGCUUAAGAAGACUUGUUCACAAAGUCAGACUGAAUUGU